GCCGUCGAGAAAUGACAGCGGGUAACAUCGUGCGAGGCUGGAUGAGACAGAAUACGCCUCGCAGGAUCUUUUGAUGAGACCUCAUGAUGGAAGCAUCCAGAGCCUUAGACAUUGGAUGAUCAUCCUGGGAACUUUGGGAUGCCGAUGUGCCUCUUUGGUAAGGAGCACGUAAUGUUGGCUCAGAUAUGGUGCCAACACGAGAAUUGCUGCAUGGUGCGCUGCAUUCCUGCAGUUGAGGUAUAUACAGAAAAGGUUGACAGCCAGCAGGAGUGGUUCACCCUGAGAUACUGAAGCAUUCUGUCCUAUCAGCUUGUACAAGCUGUGACUUUGGUGGGAGACUCUUAUUGCCUACUCAAACCCCCAUGUUACUCAGUCGGACAAUCCUUCAAUUUCAAACACUUCUCUUACAUUCAACAUGACAUCACUCAACACCAAGAGUGGCUCUACACAACCAGUCAUGCCUUUGUUGCUGCCCAGUGACGAUGCUAGUCACACCGACACUCUUGUCGAGGAAGUCACUCGUUCUUUCGGUCUAGGCCGAGAUAGAAUCGAGAAUAUCCUCCCCAGCACGGCGUUCCAACAGGAUGUCAUUGACUGCGCUGGUAGUAACAAGCAACGGUCCAUUGGCCAUGUUGCCUAUGAGAUCAGCAAUGACAUCGACAUCUCAAACUUGGCUGCUGCUUGGAAAGAUACCAUCAACCGAACUCCUGCCCUGAGGACAUGCGCGUUUACUUCCUCGAGCGGAGAUUCGUAUCAGGUUGUCUUGAAAGAGAGCUUUGUCUUCUCAUGGAUGUUUUGUACAUCUGUUGAUCAGAAAGAUGCCGUUGUGCAGGAUGAAGCGGCAGCUGCGGCCUCUGGGCCUCGUUGCAACAGAUUUGUUCUUCUUGACGACCCUAUUGGAAAGAAGAAGCUCCUCGUCUGGACUUUCAGCCAUGCCCUAGUCGAUAGCACCUUUCAAGAGCUGAUUCUUGGAAGAGUUCUGAAGGCUUACAAGCAUGGGCAUGAUGAACUCUCCAACAGGCCCUACACGCCUGAGUAUUCGGAUCCUGAGGAUGAUGGUCUGUCGUUGACUCCUACUGAUGGGUCGAAGACUCCUGAAACUGGCGGUAUCCAUCCUGCGACUCAGUUCUGGGAGGACUACUUGAGUGAUCUGAAUGCGUCAGCGUUUCCGCACUUGACUUCUCCCUUGGCUGUUCCCUAUCCCAACGCAAGGGCAGACCAGCAUAUCUGCUUCACAGCCUCGGCUCAGUCGACUUGGCCCAGUAUAGCUGUCUGCCGAACAGCGCUUGCGAUUCUCUUGUCACGCUACACGCACUCGCCCGAGGCGUUGUUCGGCGUAGUGACAGAGCAACAGCAACUGCUGGCAAAUGGCCCAACACGGACCGUUAUACCUUUCCGCGUACACUGUGCCUCUGACCAGUCUCUGUCAGAUAUCAUCAGCGCAGUCAAUGUCAACGAUGAUGCCAUCCGCCAGUUUGCAGAUGUCGGUCUUCGCAACAUCGCUUCCACGGGGGAUGAUGGCUCUGCUGCUUGCGGAUUCCAAACCGUUCUGCUCGUCACUGAUGCUGAAACUGGGCAGGCCUCUUCUUGUGACCUUCACCAGAAGACUGGAGAGUCUGAGCUAUUCAUGCCCUGCACCAAUCGCGCUCUGUUACUCCACUGUCAAAUGAUCCGUGAUGGGGUAUCAAUCGUUGCCAGAUAUGACGGGAGCCUCAUCGACUCCCAGCAAAUAGCUCGCCUCCUGCGACAACUAGGUCAUUUGAUCCAGCGCCUACGAGACUCGCCAGAUGAGCUACCAUCUGCGGGUGAAGUCGACAUUUUGACACCAGAGGAUCAAGCUGAGAUCCAGAGCUGGAACUCACACCCCAUCCCUUCACAGAACACCCUCAUCCACAAAGAGAUGCUCAAAAAUGCUUUUCUAUCUCCCAGCAAAGCUGCAGUUUGCGCUUGGGACGGAGAAUGGACCUACUCCGAGCUUGACAACAUCACCUCCCGCCUAGCCGCACUUAUCAAGUUCAGCACCGCAGACCAGGAGCACGCGAUACUCCCAACUUACUUUGAGAAGUCAAAAUGGGUCGUCGCUUCAAUGCUUGCCGUCAUGAAAGCUGGCCAUGCUUUUACGCUCAUUGAUCCGAAUGAUCCGCCUGCUAGAGUAGCGCAGGUCGUUGGGCAGACGGGAGCGACAGUGGCGCUUACUUCCAGGCUUUACAGUGGCAAAGUGCGAGGCAUUAUCGAGCGAUGUAUUAUUGUUGAUGAUGAGCUUGUCCAAUCGCUCAUUUGCACCUGCGCCUUUACUUCGGAUCUUGUUCUUGCCACGGUUACUCCAGAGGACCUAGCCUAUGUUAUCUUCACAUCUGGCAGCACGGGCGAUCCCAAGGGCAUCAUGAUCGAGCAUCGAGCCUUUUCUUCUUGUGCCCUCAAAUUCGGGUCUGCACUCGGUAUCAACAGCGACACGCGCGCUCUUCAAUUUGGAUCUCAUGCAUUUGGCGCGUGUCUUCUUGAGAUCAUGACGACUCUGAUCCACGGCGGCUGCGUAUGUAUUCCCUCUGAUGACGAUCGCAUGAACAAUGUUCCUGCUUUCAUCAACAGGGCCAAUGUCAAUUGGAUGAUGGCGACACCAUCUUACAUGGGCACGUUUCAGCCUGAAGAUGUCCCUGGACUGCAGACUUUGGUGCUAGUUGGCGAGCAGAUGUCACCCUCUGUCAACGCCAUCUGGGCUCCUCGCGUUCAACUCUUAGAUGGCUACGGCCAGAGCGAGAGUUCUUCCAUCUGUUUCGUCGGCAACAUUAGUUCAUCAGGGGCUGACCCAAACAACAUCGGCCGCUCAGUUGGCGCGCACUCUUGGAUCAUUGAUCCCAGCGACCCCAACCGUCUAGUCCCAAUUGGCGCGAUUGGUGAGCUCGUUAUUGAGAGUCCAGGCAUUGCGCGCGACUACAUCAUUCCUCCACCAACAGAGAAGUCGCCCUUCUUCUCAACAGUUCCAGCAUGGUACCCUUCCAAACAGCUACCCAACGGGUUAAAGUUCUACAGAACUGGUGAUCUUGCGCGUUAUGCAUCCGAUGGCACUGUCGUUUGUCUCGGUCGCAUGGACUCGCAGGUCAAGAUCAGAGGGCAGCGCGUUGAGCUUGGUGCAGUUGAGACUCAUCUCCGACAGCAAUUACCUGACGACAUGUCAAUUGUUGUUGAAGCUGUCAAGACAUCGGACUCGCCUACGAGCACUGUUCUCGUGGCAUUCUUGAUAGUCUCUAAGGGAACUGAGGCUGCAGGAGAUGCUACCAUCCUAGAUCUGGCUGCUACCAAGGAGAUGAGUGCGAAACUGGAGCAGGUCCUCCCCCGUCAUUCCAUCCCAUCGUGCUACAUCAGCAUGCAACAUAUUCCUCGCACCGCCACUGGCAAGGUCGACAGACGAAAGCUUCGCUCUAUCGGUCGCGACAUCUUGGCCCAGCAGCUCCAAGGAACCAGCUCCCUACCAUCUCAAUUGAGCUCUCCAACAACCAGCAGCCGAUCCAAGCUCGAGGAGGUAUGGUGCCAAUGCCUGGGUCUCGAAUCUGGCGCUGCCAACAUUGGAUCAACCUUCUUUGAGCUGGGCGGCCACUCCAUCACUGCCAUCAAGAUGGUCAACAUGGCUCGGUCAGCAGGUAUAGAGCUCAAGGUCUCUGACAUCUAUCAGAACCCUACUCUCGCUGGCCUUGAGGCUAUUGUCAACGGUAGCGCUGUGCCAUAUACCCUCAUCCCAACGACGACUCGCGAUGGACCUGUUGAGCAGUCUUACUCUCAAGGUCGACUCUGGUUCCUGGAUCAGCUUGAGGUCGGCGCUCUAUGGUAUCUCAUUCCCUACGCUGUUCGCAUGCGAGGAUUGGUAGACAUUGAUGCACUGAGUCGUGCUCUGAUGGCCUUGGAGCAGCGCCACGAGACCCUGCGCACUACCUUUGAGGACCACGACGGCGCGGGUGUACAGGUUAUUCACCAGACUCUCUCCAAGGAACUGAGAGUCGUCGAUGCGAUAGACGGUGACUACCUCCGACUGCUGGAACAAGAGCAGACCACUCCAUUCGAUCUCACUUCCGAGGCAGGCUGGAGAGCACUUCUUAUCCGCCUGAGCGACACCGACUACGUCCUCUCCAUCGUCAUGCACCACAUUAUCUCCGAUGGCUGGUCAAUUGACGUUCUCCGGCACGACCUCAGCCAACUCUACGCCGCAGCUCUUCAAGGCCGCGAUCCCAUUUCAGCCAUGAACCCUCUCCCCAUCCAGUACAGCGACUUUGCCAUGUGGCAGAAGCAGGAGGCUCAAGCGCUCGAACACGAGAAGCAACUUGACUACUGGAAGAAGCAGCUCGCCGAUUGUUCACCGGCCAAGUUACCCACCGACUUCCCUCGUCCGGCUCUUCUAUCCGGUGAAGCAGGAGUCGUGCCAGUGUCUAUCGAUGGACAGCUGUACCAGAACCUACGCGAGUUUUGCAACGAGAACAACACCACUUCAUUCGCCGUGCUACUUGCUGCUUUCCGCGCAGCGCACUACCGUCUCACUGGCGUUGACGACGCUGUUAUCGGCACGCCCAUCGCCAAUCGAAAUCGCUGGGAGUUGGAGAGCAUCAUCGGUUUCUUCGUCAACACACAGUGCAUGCGCAUUACCGUCGAUGACGAAGAAACCUUUGGCUCCUUAGUCCGUCAAGUCCGAGCUACUACCACCGCUGCAUUCGAGAACGAAGACGUCCCCUUUGAGCGCGUCGUGUCAACAAUGCUACCCGGCUCAAGAGAUCUUUCGCGAACACCGCUUGCGCAGCUCAUCUUUGCAGUUCACUCGCAGAAGGAUCUUGGAAGAUUUGAGCUCCAAGGUCUUGAGUCGGAGGCUGUUGCUAGCAAGGCGUAUACUCGGUUCGACAUUGAGUUCCAUCUAUUCCAGGAGGCUGAUGGGCUCAAGGGUAGUUGUAAUUUUGCGGCAGAUCUGUUCAAGCCUGAGACUGUUGAGAAUGUGGUCAGUGUGUUCUUCCAGAUUCUGCGCAAUGGUCUUGAGAAGCCUCAGGUCCCGAUCUCGGUUCUUCCUCUUACGGAUGGGAUCGAGGAGCUUCGUCGUUUGGACUUGCUCAGGAUCAAGAAGGUUGAGUAUCCACGUGAUGCAAGCUUGGUCGACAUCUUCCGCACGCAAGUCGCUGCUUACCCAGACUCUUUCGCUGUUGUCGACUCUUCGUCUCGUCUUACCUAUGCUGAGCUUGACCGUCACUCUGAUCUGCUUGCGACAUGGCUUCGUCGACGGGGUAUGCCAGCUGAGACUUUGGUCGGAGUACUUGCACCACGAUCAUGCGAAGCGAUUGUUGCGAUCAUCGGUAUUCUCAAGGCGAACUUGGCUUACCUCCCAUUUGACGUCAAGUCUCCCUCUGCGCGCCUGAACGACAUCUUGUCUGGUCUUCCUGGGCCUACGAUAGUGCUCCUGGGCUCAGACAUCCCUGUUCCCGAGCUGGAGGUACCUGACUUGGAGUUUGUCCGUGUCGCUGAUGCCGUGGAGUAUUGCGACUCAAACGGCCUCAAUGGUCAUGCCCAUAUCGACGCAUCGAACCCUACCGCGACAAGUCUUGCAUACGUCCUCUUCACUUCCGGAUCCACUGGUCGACCCAAGGGUGUCAUGGUCGAGCAUCGCGUCAUCGUCCGUCUCAUGAGAAGUAACAUCAUUCCCGACUUCCCAACCCAACCGCGCUCGGCUCACAUGUUCAACAUCGCCUUUGACGGCGCUACCUACGAGAUCUUCUUCACCCUCCUCAACGGCGGAACAUUGGUCUGCAUUGACUACAUGACUACUCUCGACGUCAAAGCACUUCAAGAAGUGUUUAUCAAGGAACAGAUCAACGCUGCAUGCAUGGCACCUGCGUUGCUGAAGCUGUAUCUCACUGAUGCGCGCGAUGCUUUGAGGGGUCUUGACUUUCUCAUGGCAGCAGGAGAUCGCUUCGAUGGACAAGAUGCGAUCGAGGCGCAGAGCCUUGUUCGGGGGCAGUGCUAUAAUGGGUAUGGACCGACGGAGAAUGGUAUCAUGAGUACGAGGUAUCCUAUCGCACCUGGUGACUCGUUCAUCAAUGGUGUUCCGAUCGGGCGAGCUGUCAACAACUCUGGAGCUUACGUCACCGACCUGAACCAGAAGCUUGUUGGUGUCGGCGUCAUGGGAGAGCUCGUCGUCACUGGCGAUGGUCUUGCGCGAGGUUAUUUCGACCCAGCUCUCAACAAGAACCGCUUCAUUCACAUUGAAGUCGAUGGCCAGCGAGUAAGGGCAUACCGCACAGGUGACCGCGUGCGGUACCGAGUAGGCGACGGCCUCAUUGAGUUCUUCGGUCGCAUGGACACGCAGUUCAAGAUCCGCGGCAACCGUAUUGAGUCAGCUGAAGUGGAAGCUGCUAUGCUCAGCCACAGCUCUGUCCGCGAUGCUGCUGUCGUUGUGCAGAAGGAUGACGGUGAGAAGGCAGACUUGGUUGGCUUCGUCGUCAUUGAUCACGAUCAUUCUAUGGAGGGUGACGCGAACGAUAACCAGGUUGAGGGCUGGCAGGAUCAUUUCGAGACUGAGAUGUAUGCCGACAUUGGGGACAUUGAUCCGUCUACUAUUGGAAAGGACUUCAAGGGCUGGACGUCUAUGUAUGAUGGGAGCGAGAUUGACAAGGCGGAGAUGCAGGAGUGGCUUGAUGACACUAUCGAGGCGCUCCGUGAUGGUCAGGCUCCGGGUCAUGUCCUUGAGGUGGGAACUGGUAGUGGCAUGAUCCUUUUCAACCUCGGCGACGGACUUCAAAGCUAUAGGGGUCUUGAGCCAUCCAAGUCAGCCGCCGCGUUUACCAACAGCGUUAUCAAGUCCGUCACAUCUCUGGCCGGCAAGGCCGAGGUCCACGUCGGUACAGCGCAAGACAUCAGCCAAUUGAGUGAUCUUCACCCAGAGCUCGUGGUGAUCAAUUCAGUCGCCCAGUACUUCCCUUCACCAGAGUACCUGGCUCAAGUAGCGGAUACCUUGGUUCAUCUCCCCGGCGUGAAGCGCCUGUUCUUCGGCGACAUGCGAACUAACGCUACCAACAAGCACUUCCUCGCUGCCAGAGCUGUCAGGACAUUAGGUGACAAUGCGACCAAGGACUCUGUUAGGCAGAAGAUGGCUGAGUUGGAGGAACGCGAGGAGGAGUUGCUUGUCGAGCCAGCUUUCUUCACCACACUACAAGACCGCUUCCCUGAUCUAGUUCAUCAUGUUGAGAUUCUUCCGAAGAACAUGCAUGCUACGAAUGAGCUUAGUGCGUACCGAUAUGCGGCUGUCGUGCACAUACGUGACCGCGACUCAGUGCCUGUGCAUACAAUUGAGAAGGGCACUUGGGUCGACUUUGGCGCAUCACGAAUGGAUCGCAAUUCUCUCUUGCACUUCCUGCGACGCUCGAAGAGUUCCGAGGCCGUGGCUAUCAGCAACAUCCCUUUCGCCAAGACCGCCUUUGAGCGACAGAUCGUUGAGUCCCUCGAGGCAGAAGAAGAGUCCAAGCUCGAUGGUAACGCUUGGAUCUCCGCAAUUCGCUCUGAUGCUGAGAGCCGUGCAUCUCUCUCUGUUCCUGACCUUUCCCAACUUGCUCAAGAGUGUGGGUUUCGCUUGGAAAUCAGCGCAGCGCGUCAGUGGUCUCAGAGCGGCGCCCUUGAUGCUGUCUUCCACCACUUCCCAUUGCCUUCGGACACCCGCCGCACGCUGAUCAAGUUCCCGACUGACAACCAUCUUCGAAGCUCAGCUACUCUCGCCAAUCGUCCGCUACAGGGAUUGCAGAGACGUCGGGCCGCGCUACAAGUUCGAGAGCGACUGCAGUCCCUGCUUCCAUCGUACAUGAUCCCCUCCAGCAUCGUGGUGUUGGAUCAAAUGCCUCUCAAUCCCAAUGGCAAGGUCGACAGGAAGGAACUUGCACGCCAGGCUCGAAUUGUACCCAAGCACCAGACCGCGCCGCCUGCACAAGUGGUCCCUAUCAGUGACAUCGAGGCCAUACUUUGCGACGAGGCGACUGCGACUUUCGGGAUGAAGGUUGAGAUUUCUGAUGACUUCUUCAAACUAGGUGGACAUUCUCUCUUAGCCACGAAGCUCAUCUCGCGAGUUGAACAGCGCUUCAAUGUCCGCGUCACUGUCAAAGAUGUCUUCGACAAUCCCGUCUUUGCUCACCUUGCAGUCGUCAUCCGCGAAGGCCUUGCUUCACGCACCACAUCGACCAAUGGUCAAGACAAGCAAGGCUGGUCUGCCCGUGUCGCUCCUCGCACCGAGACUGAGGUCAUCUUAUGUGACGAGGCUUCUAAGCUUCUUGGCAUUGAAGUCGGUAUCACUGAUAACUUCUUUGAUCUCGGUGGACACUCGAUGAUGGCGACAAAGCUGGCCAUGAGACUUGGUCGUCGGCUGGAUACUACGAUAGUGGUCAAGGAUAUUUUCGACUACCCGGUUUUGUUCCAGCUUUCCAAGAAGCUCGAGUCAGCUGGUACAGAGACUGGCGAUGAAGAGGUACAGGUCGACGAUUACAGCCCAUUCGAACUUCUUUCGCACGAGGAUCCACAAGGUUUCGUCCAGCGAGAGAUUUGCUCACAGCUCAGCAUCUCAUUGGAUUCAAUCCAAGACACCUACCAGUCCACCCAAAUGCAAAAGUCCUUCCUCUUCAGUCCUGGAACCGGUUCCCCACGGCCUCUUACGCCUUUCUACAUUGACUUCCCCGUCGACUCAGACCCUGCUACUCUUGUCAAUGCUUGUCACUCUCUGGUUCAGCACAUCGACAUGUUCAGAACAGUCUUUGUACUAGCUUCAGACCAGCUCUACCAAGUGGUUCUGAAGCAUCUCGACGUGCCAAUCGAGACGAUUGUCACCAACCAAAACGUCAACACUGCUACCAACGAUUUCCUGGAUGAGCAUGCGCAGGAUCCCAUUCGUCUUGGAGAGUCGUUGAUACGGAUCGCUAUUCUCAAGCAGUCAUCUUCAGUACGAGUAUUACUGCGACUAUCGCACGCUUUGUAUGAUGGUUUGAGCUUGGAGCCAAUCGUGCGCAACCUUCACAUCCUCUUCAACGGCAUGUCGCUUCUUCCACCGACGCAGUUCAGGCGGUACAUGGAGUACACUGCCAACAGUCAAGAGAAGGGUUUUGAGUUCUGGCGUGACGUGAUCGGAGGUUCUCCCAUGACCGUCUUGAGCGAUACGAGCAACGUGGCUUGUCGCCGGGAGGUGGCACCUUCGAAGGCAUUGCACUUGUCAAAGGUUGUCAGCGUUCCAAGCCAAGCUAUUCGAAGCAGUAUCGCUACGCAGGCGACGGUGUUUAACUCUGCCUGUGCGUUAGUGCUGUCGAGGGAAUCUGGGUCCAGCGACGUUGUCUUCGGUCGCAUUGUUUCAGGUCGUCAAGGACUGCCGGUCAAUUGCCAGGACAUCAUCGGCCCAUGCACAAAUGCCGUACCCGUUCGCGCACACAUAGGCACAGACGAGAAUCAUCACCAGAUGCUCCGCGACAUGCAAGACCAAUACCUGCGAAGCUUGCCUUUCGAGACACUUGGAUUCGAGGAGAUCAAGCGCAAUUGCACAGACUGGUCAGAGGCCACUGCAAAUUUCGCAUGCUGUGUUACAUACCAUAACUUUGAGUAUCAUCCCGAGAGUGAGGUAGAGCAACAACGUGUUGAGAUGGGAGUCUUGUCGAAGCAUGUUGAGCUGAGGAAAGAUGAGCCGCUGUAUGACUUGGCGAUAGCGGGAGAGGUAGAGCCUGAUGGAAUGAGCUUGAAGGUUACCAUCAUUGCGAGGGCGCAUUUGUUUGAGGAGGAGAGGGUGCAGUAUUUCUUGGAGGAGGUUUGCAACACAUUUCAGACUUUGAACCUUUCUUUGUAGGGUAUCAGUGGUGGAGUUUAUAGGGACAAAUAUCGGUAAUGCUGAAGACAAGCGAUGUUAUUUCCUAUAUAAUGUAAUUUAUUCUCUUUUGUUACUCCAACACAAUUAAACUCUUAAGUCUGUCUGCCAUCCGGGCCAUCACUCUUCCUC